AUGGGUCGUAAGAAGAAGAUCAAUAAUAACAAUAAUAAUACCGUUAUCGCCAAUAAUGGUCAUCCCCGACCGUUCGACGACCUAUUGAAUGAAGAAGGCAGUGGUUCUUUGCGAAACAGUCCUUCGUCAAGCUCGGUCAAACAAGUCACCUUCGAUGGCUCAUCCAAGCAAACCGGUGAUUAUUAUAUCAAACCAAGUGGACGUGGUUUAGUUCCAAGUCCAUCGGUGAACACACUCAACAGAAUUGAACGACAAAGAAUCGUUAUAUGGUCGCGACCCAUCCAAACAACUCAUUAUGCCAUUCGAGAAAUACUCCAUCUACUUAUUGAGUUUGCAUACUACCUUUGGCAGCAUAAAGUGCAUGUUCUGAUGACGUUACUGAGUUGUGCAGCAUUGAUAUAUGGUUACUAUAUGCCUGGCAUACAUCAGAUUUAUUUACGCCGAUUUGAAAAACGAAUCAUUCUUUGCCUUUAUUGGUUAGGGCUUGGUGUACUGUCAUCAGUUGGUCUCGGUACCGGUUUACAUACAUUCAUCCUUUAUUUGGGGCCACACAUUGCAUCUGUAACUCUGGCGGCGUACGAGUGCAACUCUUUGGAUUUUCCGGAACCACCAUAUCCAGACAAAAUUAUAUGCCCACAUGAUGAUCAUGACAUUGUGAGCAAGGCAGUUAUAACGUUAUGGGCUAUAAUGUCGAAGGUUCGGAUUGAGUCGUUGAUGUGGGGAGCUGGAACAGCACUUGGUGAACUACCUCCUUAUUUCAUGGCAAAAGCAGCCAGAAUUUCUGGUGAAGAGCCGGAUGACGAAGAAUAUCGAGAGUUUAUCAACUACAUAAACAGCACAAGACCUAGAGAUCAAGGACCUUCAUUCUCGGAUCGUCUAAGAAAUUUGACAGAAAAAAUCGUAUCCCAUAUUGGUUUCCCUGGCAUUCUCAUCUUUGCGUCGGUGCCGAAUCCAUUUUUCGAUUUGGCUGGAAUAACUUGUGGCCAUUUUUUGGUACCAUUUUGGACCUUUUUCGGCGCAACACUGAUUGGCAAGGCUAUUGUGAAAAUGCAUGUUCAGAUGCUAUUUGUUGUUCUACUAUUCAGUGAACAACACGUCGAAAAUCUCAUCAAUCAACUGAAAUUAAUACCGUAUAUUGGACAACACAUCCAAGCUCCGUUGAAAGAUUUUCUUGCCAAUGAAAAGAUUAAACUUCAUCAUAAGCCAGGCGCAACUGCAGAACCGGGAGCCACAUUGUUGCAACAAUGUCUGCAAGUGUUAGUGACAGGAAUGAUCGUUUGGUUUCUGCUGUCCAUAUUCAAUUCGCUUGCCCAAAAGUGGCAUAAAAGAUUAUGUGAUGAACGUAAAAAGAAAGUUUCUUAA